GUGUCAGUUAAGUUUGUUUUUAGUUCACUUCAUUGAGUUCUAAAAUAAAUAUUUGUCAUAAACUUAUUUUUCUGUUUUCAGGUUUCUCCCAUGGAUAAGAGUUUUGAUUUGGUUUCUUUAAUGAAGAAUCAUGAGAAGAAGCACAAACACAAACCUACACAAAUUCUAAGCGUGGCUGGCGGGGUUCAAAAGCGUUUAGAAAAGAAUAUUAGUCACCGAAAAAGCAGUAGACUGUCGGUUUUUGACAGUAUAAGAAACUUGCCUAAAUGUGCAGUGCCUGACCCAAUAUCUGAGAGCCAGAAAAAGGUGGAACACAGAAGAAUGCAGUUGGAAAAAUGGAAGGAAGAAAAAGAGAAAAAAAAGAAAGAAGCUGCUGCACAGAAAAAGAAACCUUUUGUUGCUGGUAUUGCACACCAUCCAUUGAAAUAUGUUCCACCACCUCCACCUAGACCAAUGCCUAGUACAUCAGGAAGAGUUACUAGGUCUCAGUCUAUUAAAACUAAUAGUCAAAUUACACAGAAAAAAUCAAAAGCCUCUAAAUCAACCAAACAUUUUCAGUCAUUUGCACCAAGAAAUGCAUCGUUUAAACCUCCGGAACUAAAAACCAUAACAGAGCUUCCUACUUUAGCACGGGUACAAAAUAAGAAACAAAAGAUUGAUAUAACAUUUGAGCCAGUAGUACCAGAUGUUAGCCAAAAGAAGGCUUUAUUGAACUUAGAAAAAUCAAAUGGCUCAUUCACCAUAUCAGCCACUAUGUCUUCAAAGGUUAAUCCUCGCAGUAGGGUAAAAGUGAUUGAUAAAUCUGUGAAAGAUUCUAAAUCCUCAAUACAGAAAAAAACAUUACAUAGUAGCACCUCAAAUAGUGACAUGGAAUCAUUGUCUACAGAAAUAUUUCUUGAAAGUAAAAAUAAUACUCCAAGAAAAUCCAAACGCUCUCAAUAUAAAAAUAAUACACCCAAAAAUAGUAUACCAAAAAGUGAAUCAAGCUCAGAAGAAAGGCUUAGAUCUCCACAGUCUUCAAGCACAGAGCAACAAACACCUCUUAAGCCAUUACCAAAUACGCCGAUGACUCCAGAACAAAUAGCAGAAGAAGUUAAAAAAAUAAGUCCCUGUGUCACACUUUCUCGAGGGAAGGAUAAUGCUAGAAAAGAAAUGAAAAAGAAAAUGGAAGAAGGUUUGUUGGACGAUGUUAAUAGUGAUAUUGAAAGUGUGGAUUACUUUAGACGUCAACUAGACUCUGAAGUCAAGCGCAUUACACAGAUGUGUGACACUUGGGACAAGAUCUCUCAGCAAGUAAUUUUGUCUGAGUCUGCACAGGAGAUGGUGCUGGGCGCGGUGGGGCAGGCGCGGCUGCUGGUGUCGAAGAAGCUGGCGCAGUUCGGGUCGCUGGUGGCGGCCUGCGAGUGCCCCGACCCCACCGCUGGGCUCAUCACGCCCAGCGACCUCCACGGAUUUUGGGACAUGGUCUUUAUGCAGGUUGAAAAUGUGGACAUGCGCUUCAAAAAACUCGAAGAACUUCGCGCUAAUAACUGGGUUGAGGAAACCCCAGUGAAACAAAAGAAAAGAGCCCCCAAAGCAGCUAAAAAUAACAGCAAGCCUGCCGCAACCAGCCGCCUUCGUGAUCUUAUAGCUGCUGCAAGAAAAGCAAAGAAAGAUAAAGAUCCAGUAGUACCAGCAGAAGAUAAUCAAACAAACUCUGGGACAAAUGUUAAAACAUUCGAGGCAGGUUUCUUCUGCGUGCAGUCACCGGUCAAGUCACCCCUCGCUCCCAGUACACCUUCCAACAAACCCAGUUUGUUAAAGGCUGUGCUUUCUAGUGAGGCGAAAAAGGCUUCAGUUACUAAGAACACUACAUCAUUAGCAAUGCUGCGGGCAUCGAGCAUCGGCAGAGGUGUGGAAAAUAAUGAUACAGCAUUGGAGCAGUCCAAAGUGCCAGUAACUCCAAUAAAUCUAAAGGCGACACCAGCAAGAAGCAUUCUCAAGUCUACAAAUGUAGCAUCAACGAACAGGAAAUCGGGUAAGAAGUCCAUAAAAAUUGUACUGUUUAACGAUUCAGAUGGCGAUGCACAAGAAAAUAGGUUUUCACAAAACCCAGAGGAAAAUGAGAAAAUUGCAGAGGGCAAUACAGACAGCGGCCUGUCCUCAUUGGAUAUGGAGAAGGAAACGGAACAAAAUAAAGAGAAUGUGAAGCAAAAGUCAAAGCUGGUAAGGCAGAAUGCGUUCGAAGAUAGAAGUCCAGUUUUAACAAGAAGCAGACGUAAGAGCAUGAAUACACCACUGGUUGAUAUGUCCUGUGAAAAUUUAAAAGAUAGAAAAAGGUCAACAAGAACGGAAGUGGCAAAGGAAAACGAAGCAGAUGAGAAGAUCAAUCAAACACCAAAGCGUUCAACUAGAAGAAGGAAGAGCUCCGUUGCAAGUAACAUAGCUUGACACAAACACUUGUUCAUCGAAAUGUGAAUCUCUUAUCACCAAAGUGCCAUUUUGUCCUUUUAGAAAGCACUUUAAUUAGGACUGAAAUCUAUUGUAAUUAAAGUACUUUGAGAUGGGUUGAACAAAUUACUGCUUGUUUAUAUUGUUGUUUGUCUUAAAUUGAAGUUUUGUUUCUUCACAUGGAAGCGGUAAGUAGUUGGCACUGCAUGUCAAUUAAAUAGAAAAGUUAUGAGAAUAACAGUAAAUGAUGACAUUUCUAGUAGUCAAAUGGACAUCUUACUCGUAUAUUUUUAAAUAAUAAUGUAAUUUAGCUUAAAACAGAAAACCGACAAAGUUUUAAUGCACUAUAGUUAUUAAAUCCAAAUUAAAUAAGGUAACGACAGUAACAUAGGUCACAUAAAAUGUGUACAGAAUCAUAAUGAGAGUUAUAGUUUAGUUAUAGCUUGCGCAUAGUCGCGCAUGAAAGUUCUACUGAAUUUUUUUUAUUGGUUUUAUCCUAUGAAUAAAUUUUGUCUGAGGAUUGAAUGAUCGGUCCUUAGAAUAAGACUGAUAUUGAUAUUUGUCUAUUUAGAUGCAUUGACUUGAAAAUGUUUGAAUUUAGGACAACUAAAUUCCACACUAGUGAACAAACAAUACAUCCUUGGGCAUUGUUUAGGUAAUGUGUAUGCUUGGUACCUAUACAGGGUUAUUUUGCAAUAACCGACCAAAUUUGCAAAAAAGGUUCAGAAUAAGUAAUAUAAGCAAAUGGUGAAGAAAAAAUAAUUAAAUGAAAUCUCAAACAUUCUGUUAUUUUUAUUUCAAAAUGCGUGGUAAUGCAGUAUUUGAACUGAUUUUACUGCGCACGCACACAUUUGUAAGGGUCGAUCGGUAGGCAAAAACGUUGUUGCCCAUAAAUCACAUUUAUUUUGGGAUAGUUUCAAAUAAAAGUAGAAGCCUUGUUUACUCGUAUUUUUAAAAACUGCAAUAACGGUAUAUCAUUGUUCAUUAAUAUUUUUGAACUUCAGUUUAUAAGAAAAUAAUCCUGUAUAAGAGAGUAAAUUAGUUGUUAAAUAAAAACGCAAGUUGAGAAGCCCUACAUUGUACUAUUUUAACAAAAUACAGUAGAGGUUUUAAUGAGAAUGUUUUCAAAAUUAACGACUAGUUUUGUUAGGUAUUUCUGUUAUGCUAAUUUCGUUUUAUAAUAUCACGUUUUUAAACGGAAACUUACCGCAAGCAGAGUACGGUGCCUGUUUUAUCUUUCAAAUAAAAGGAUUGUUUGAUUAUUUGCCUUAGUUGGCCCCGCUUAACAGCCGGGUUGGCAGAAUCAUUUUUUUUAUUAUUUUGAAGUCUUAUUAGAUGUUGAAGAUGUUACUGGUCAUUCCCUGUUUGGUUUCCUCCUGUCGCCCCUUAUGAUACCCUCCCGACGAUAUGGGGUAGUGGAUAUUCUUACAGCACUACAUGGUAAUCUACAUACGCAAGUAUUAUACUUGUCUAAUAAACAAGGUUCUGGGUAAUAAAUAUUUUAAACUACUUAUUUUAUUUCGUUAUUUCACACCCCAAUCACAAGCUACUUUUAUUACAGUAGGAAUUAGCGUAAGUUGGCAUAUUCGGAGGGGUUUGAAUGAAUAAACACGUGUGCGGUUAUAAAUUAAUUAUAACCUAAAAACCUAUGUAGAAAAUAUUGUAUUGUUAAAUAUAGUUUUAGAGUACUUUUCUAGGGUAUACUAUUUAUUAAAAUAAGUUUUGUAUCUGUGAGGACAGAAGCUGUUUUUAUAUUUACGUAUCAAUUUUAACUGGUGUAUGUUUGCUUGCUUGUUUGUUUUGCCGGUGAUGUGGGCCUACGUUAGACCAUUAAUUUGUUUUGUCGAAUUCUACCAGAUUGUAUUGUUUAAUAUUUUAUUUUAUUCCAUGUAUCACAUAAUUAUGUAAUGUAAAUUGCAUUCGAGACAAUAGUUGUAACG